CUGCAACUACACACAGGAAAACUAGCAGUGGGAGGUGGCAGAUACCAGAUUGAAAAGUAUUCAGGAGUCUGGCUCUACACACCCUCCAGGCUUUCCAGCAUAGGCUGCCUGUGUGUUACAACAUACUCACGGUACUACUGCAGCUGGGACUCCCAGGGAUACAAAGUGGCUCAGAUCGAGUGACAGAAGGUGCAAAGUGACGCUGCCUUGCCCUGCUUGGUACUCAUCCUUCUAAGUGAUUUAGCUGUCGAUGCUGGGCAGUGCCGCCAGGGUUUUCUUUAUGGAUUUCUCUUGCUGUGAAACUUUGGAAAGUUACAAUUAGAAGACGUGUUGCUAAAUAAGAGAAGAGUCAGUUUUCUGGAGGGAACAAUUGAGCAAGGGAGCAGCAGACAGAAUAAGGAGGCAUUUCUUUUCUGCUUUCUGUCCUGAGGAAGGAAUUGUGCAACGUGGAGCCUUGAAGCCCAGAGUUCAGGGUCACUUGCCAGCAUGACUGACAUCUGAAGUGAACUGGCACGUAUCGGAAAUCUUUGUUAAGACCUACUGGGCUAAAAUGACUUCGCUUUCAGAGUUUGUCAGUGAACCCAUCGGUAUGAUGUCACAGACUUCUGCAGCGAGUGAAUCCCAGUGCUACUACAAUGAAACCAUUGCCUUCUUUUACAACCGGAGUGGAAAAUACCUAGAUACAGAAUGGAAUGCAGUCAGCAAGCUGGUGAUGGGACUCGGAAUCACAGUGUGUAUAUUCAUCAUGUUAGCCAACUUGCUGGUAAUGGUGGCUAUUUAUGUCAACCGGCGGUUUCACUUUCCUAUUUAUUAUUUAAUGGCCAACUUGGCUGCUGCAGACUUUUUUGCAGGACUAGCUUAUUUUUACCUAAUGUUUAAUACAGGACCCAACACCAGAAGAUUGACUGUAAGCACGUGGUUGUUGAGACAGGGACUCAUUGACACUAGCCUGACAGCGUCAGUAGCCAAUUUGUUAGCCAUUGCCAUAGAAAGGCACAUUACAGUUUUUCGAAUGCAAUUACACACCAGGAUGAGCAACAGAAGAGUGGUAGUAGUGAUUGUGGUUAUCUGGACUGUGGCCAUUGUCAUGGGAGCAAUUCCAAGUGUUGGAUGGAACUGCAUCUGUGAUCUUGAGCACUGCUCGAAUAUGGCUCCUCUUUACAGUGACUCCUAUUUGAUUUUCUGGACAAUUUUCAACCUGGUUACUUUUGUAGUGAUGGUAGUUCUCUACGCUCACAUUUUUGUAUAUGUGCGACAGAGGACUAUGAGAAUGUCUAGGCACAGUUCUGGCCCUAGGAGGAAUCGCGAUACAAUGAUGAGCCUUCUGAAAACCGUGGUCAUUGUUCUAGGUGCUUUUAUAGUUUGUUGGACUCCUGGCUUGGUGCUCUUGCUACUAGACGUAUGCUGCCCACAGUGCAAUAUACUUGCUUAUGAGAAGUUCUUUUUACUCCUGGCUGAAUUCAACUCUGCUAUGAACCCCAUUAUCUACUCCUAUCGCGAUAAGGAAAUGAGUGCCACUUUCAAGCAGAUCCUUUGUUGUCAGCGAACAGAGAAUGUAAACGGACCCACGGAAGGUUCUGACCGCUCUGCUUCUUCUCUCAAUCAUACUAUAUUGGCUGGUGUCCAUAGCAAUGACCAUUCUGUGGUUUGACAAGCGACAACACAUUUCAGAAAUGAAAGCUUUUGGGACGAGAGGAGACCCCUUUCUUUAUAGCUGAAAGCUGCCAAGCAAACAUUUGGACAGAAGCUGUGAUAAUAUCUAAAGAAAUACACAUAUAUAAUCAGGAACACUAACCAGCUAAUUCAACCAUUGCUGAAGUCCGAGGAAUUUAUGGAAAUAACAGCAACAUAAAGUAUGACAGACAUUAAAAACCGGCUUCUCUGCAUAAGAUACCUGUGUCAAACUUCCACAUUUUGAACUGCCAUUUCAUGUAGAGGCCUAGGUCUUUUUUUUUUUUUUCUUUUUUUUUUUUUUUAAAUAUAAUCCAUGAAAUAAAACAUACAUUUUUCGUCCCAUCAGCAUGCAUAUGAUGGACCUUGUUUUGAAGUGACUUUAUAACACUUGUGUAGCUGCACUGCCUUAAAGUAAAAUCAGCAAAAUAAGAAAUUUGAUAUUUUCUAAUAUAAGCAAAAGAAAUGUGUUCAUUUUUGUGUGUAGUCUUUCUCCGUUAUAUGAAGUUUUAUUUUAUAUAUAUAUAAAUAUAUUCUUUUUUUCUAACUUUUCCUAGAGCAGAGGUAUUUGUACAGUUUGAAGGAAACAAGAAAAAGCCUUAAAUAACCCACAGACAAUAAAACAAACAGGAUAAAGCAUAUUUUUAUUGAUUUAGUCAAAAUUUGUGUAACUUUUUGUGUGUGAGAUUGCUUAACAUGGCUCCUAAAAAUGAAAA